AUGAGAAAUACGGUUGAAGGCCUCAAUGGCGCUGGCGGCGCGGUCUAUGUCAACGGCAACGGCAACGGCAAUGGCAACGGCAUGACUAACGGCAACGGCGCCCUGUCGCAUCGACAAAAGAUGAACCGCAAGGCCUCGAGCCCCAUGGCCCCCGCCUUCAUGGUCUCUGCGCCGGGCAAGGUCAUCGUCUGUGGUGAGCACGCCGUCGUUCACGGCAAGGCCGCCAUCGCUGCCGCCAUCUCGAUGCGAUCCUACCUCCUCGUCACCUCGCUCUCUAAAUCCAGGAGAACCGUCUCCCUACGCUUCCCCGACAUCGAUCUCGAACACACAUGGAACAUUGACGACCUGCCAUGGCCCCUCUUUCACAGCCCCGAGAAGAAAAAGUUCUACUACAGCCUCGUCACGGACCUCGACCACGAGCUCGUCGAGGCCAUGCAGCCGCACCUCGUCGGAAUCUCGCCCGACAAGCCCGAAGAGCUGCGCAAGGUGCACCAGAAUGCGGCCUCGGGCUUCCUCUACCUCUUCCUGUCCCUCGGCCACCAGUCGUUCCCCGGCUGUCUCUACACGCUACGCUCGACCAUCCCGAUCGGCGCCGGCCUCGGCAGCAGCGCCUCCAUCGCCGUGUGCGUGGCGACGGCGCUGCUGCUGCAGCUGCGCACGCUGUCGGGCCCCCACCCCGACCAACCGCCGGACGAGGCGCGGCUGCAGAUUGAACGCAUCAACCGCUGGGCCUUUGUCUACGAAUUAUGCAUCCACGGCAACCCGUCGGGCGUCGACAACACCGUGUCGACGCAGGGCAAGGCCGUCGUGUACCAGCGUCCCGACUACACGAAGCCGCCCGUCGUGCGGCCGCUGUGGGACUUUCCCGAGCUGCCGCUGCUCCUCAUCGACACGAAGCAGUCCAAGUCGACGGCGCGCGAGGUGGCCAAGGUGGCCAAGCUGAAGGACACGCACACCAAGCUCGUCGGCAGCAUCCUCGACGCCAUUGACAAGGUGACGCAGUCGGUGACGAGCCUGAUCGACGACGACGACUUUGACAGCGAGGAGGAGGAGAGCCUGCGCAAGGUGGGCGAGCUCAUGACCAUCAACCACGGCCUGCUGAACGCGCUCGGCGUGUCGCACCCGCGGCUCGAGCGCAUCAGGGAGCUCGUCGACCACGCCGACAUUGGGUGGACGAAACUCACGGGCGCCGGCGGCGGCGGCUGCUCGAUCACGCUGCUGCGGCCGGGGGCGCCGGCCGACAGGCUCGAGCGGCUGCACGGCCAGCUCGACGACGAGGGCUACGUCAAGUUUGAGACGACGCUCGGCGGCGACGGCGUCGGCGUGCUGUGGCCGGCGGUGCUCAAGAACGGCAUGGACGAGGACCACGAGGGCGGCAUGGAGAUUGACCUCGAGAAGUUCCUCAACGCCGAGGGCAACGUGGGCGUCGAGCGGCUCGUGGGCGUGCACGGUGGCGUGGGGGAGAGGGAGGGCUGGAAGUUCUGGCGCGUCGAGAGCCUGUAA